CAUAACUUUAAGAACCAACGUUUCUAUCCUGGGGAAUGGACAACAGAUAAUUGAAGAAUGGAAAUUUGGAGAGCAGGAGGACUGUAGAAAAGAGGUUUUGAGAAGGAUAGGUUUCCAAGGGGAAGACAAGCAUGCAGACUUUAAAUCCAGUGGCUAAUCAAAAUUUAUAUAAUCCAAAUGAUUGCAUUCAAGAAAAAGAUCCACUAUUAUGCACUGAUGACUUGAAUCAAGAUGCAAUAUCAAGCAUAUGGAUGAAAUACUAUGGAAGUGACCCACGUAUUGCUCUUGGAAAACAUUCUCCUUUGGAAAAAGAAAUCAUGCGUUUAGGUGGUGUGCAUACAAUAGCCACGAGAAGACUUUUGGCUCAGAAACAGAAGGAGGAAGAGAAGACACUUAGGAAUCUCAGGCAAAAAUCACUAGAUUACCAAAAAGCACUGGAAUACAAAAAGGAACACCCCCUUUUAAAUACAGGGAAGAAAAGUAUGGAAAAAAUCUGGACUGCUAAAAUAAUUAUUUCACGAGAAGACCUUAAGGUGCCAACUAGAGAGAGGAAAACUAUCAAUAAGCACAUAGAAAGGAUGAAGUUGGGCAGAAGAUUGCAAGAGGGAACACAUUCCAAAGAAGAGGAAACAAACUCAUUUCUACCAGCUGUAAUUCCAGAUUUCAAACUAAGUCAAAAAAGAGAUUAUUAUGAAGAAAACCCAAAAACAAAUAAGACAGAAAUAAAAAUGGAGGUAACUUUCAAGGCAGAUGAACCCAAAAGGACCAUUAUAAGAAAAGCAAAUGACAGCGGUCCAAAUGACAGGCAAACUUUUGACUUAAGAACAAAAACAGAACGCAAGAUAGCAGGACACACAAAUCGAACACGUAUGCUACCUACAGAUUUCCCUGGUGAUAUGCUUUUCUUAAGUCAAAAUUAUAAAUCCACAAGAAUUCAUCUCACUCCCAGCAUGAAGACAUUACUCUUGAACAAAGAGGGUCAGUGGAAAAAUUCUCUUCAAUAUCCUUUCGAAGAAUCUUCUCAUUCUUAAAUCUAUUUCCCAGUUUAACACUGCUGAGGGUGUUUGUUAUUUCUGCUGGUCGCUGGUUUCUUUCCUCACUUCCACACAUUUCUGGCGAAUCUUAGUUUCUUCAUUCAGAACUUCAGGAUCAUCACAACAUAUUCAGCAGGAGAAUUUUUUUUGCUUUCAAACAGCUUUGAAAUGUUAAAUUCUACCUUAGCAAUCAGUGCAGCUCUUCCCUUCACAACGCUCCAGGCAUUUGGUAUGUUACUUCCCCAAAUGGUGAAAGCCACUUUGUUUAAUAAAAAUAGCUUAAAAUAG